AAAGCAUGAUAAGAUUGUUUUACGAUUUACGCUAUCAGCUGGCACUGCAGUAUAUAAAGCAAAAAUCAUGUGUGGUCUUAGAACUUUUUGCAAUUCGGUGGCAAACAUGUCAUUUCUGCCAAAAACUAACUACGAUGUCGUCGAUAAGAUUUGGAGCAGUGAAAAAGAGGAACUCCAGUUCGGAGAGGAUUUGUCCAUAGGCGAAAUUAUAUUUCAAGAAAUGGUCCGACAUCCCAAGAGCGUGGCUCAGAUAUCAGACUCGGAGAAAACUAUACUUCUCAGGGAGGAUCUGUUAAAUAAUGCUAUUCGCAUUGCAACUUUUAUGCGCAAACUGGGACUGACUGAAACGGACAUCGUGGGCGUUAUAGCUCGGAACACCACCCAUGUCGCGGCCGUGGCAUACGCCUGUUUCUUUAAUGGCAUCGCCAUGCACACGCUGAACAGUGCCUAUUUACCGGAAAUUAUUGAGAAACUGUUCCUCAACACAAAGCCACGAAUAAUUUUCUGCGAUGGUGAUGAGUACGAAAAAAUUCGUUCCACUACCGCCAAGUUGAAUGUAAGGAUAGUGACAAUGCGGAAUCAUCCUGCCGGGGUCUUAAGUAUCCAGGAAGUUUUGAAGACGCCAGCGGAAGAAGGAUUCAAGCCAACUCCCCUAAAACAAGGUUCCACCCAUCCUUUGGCUAUACUCAGCACUUCUGGCACCACGGGAACUCCAAAGGCAGUUAUCGUUUCCAAUUGCCGAACCAUUCUAAGCGGCCUUACAAAAGUAACCACCUCGGAUAUUCAGUACGUCUCCAGCUCCUUGGACUGGGCUUCGUGUCUGUGGACAGUGGUCUCCUCGGGGGUCUUUAGCACCAAGCGGAUAGUAUCUGAGGAACCCUUUGAUCCCUCGGAAACUCUCCGCAUAAUCGAGGAAUACAAAGUCACAUACGUUCUACAAUCUCCGGCGCAAGUGGCAGCCAUUGUCAGUUGUCGGGACUUUGAGAAAGCCAACCUGCAUAGCUUACGAUAUUAUUAUUUUGGAGGUGGACGUUGCACCGCGGAAGUGCAAAAAAGACUGCGCCAGAAAUUGGGAAAGGACAUCAUUCAAUUUUGCUAUGGAGCCUCGGAAUUGGGUUCCCUCUACUGCGUCAACUGGCACUACGAUGCAAAGCCUAAUUCGGUUGGUCGUCCUAGUCCUGGCUACAAGGUAAAGAUACUCAACGAUCAAGGUGAUAAACUGGGUCCCAACGAGGAGGGCGAGGUGUUCGUUUAUAAUGGAAGCUUUUGGCCCGGAUAUUACGGAAAUCCAGAAGCUACGAAAGGAGUUUACAGGGAGAACUGGUACCAAACGGGCGACCUUGGUUACGUGGACGUUGAUGGCUUUGUGUACAUUGUGGAGCGAAAGAAGGACCUGCUCAAGUACCACAGCAACAAGUACUAUCCUCAUGAUCUUGAGGAAUUGAUCUCCCAAAUGCCUGGUGUGGUCGAAGCCUGUGUCUUUGGCAUUUGGAAUGUGGAAAAUGGCGACGAGGCAGCGGCUAUUAUCGCCAAAAAACCAAAUGUUCAGUUAAGUGAAAAGGACGUUAUAGAUUUUGUAGCCCAGCAUGCUAGCACAAAAUUCCUGAGAUUACACGCCGGUUGUCUAAUUGCUAACGAUCUAAAGCGAAGUCCCAAUGGAAAGACAAAUCGUGCUGCCAACAAGGAAUAUUUUAUUCGGCAGAAGGGCAUUCAGAUACAAAAUCAUUAAAGAAAAUAUAUAUUUAAUGCGAUAUAUCGUUAUAUGGGGUUAGCAAACUACACAUUAUGUGGCGCCCCCAUUGGCCAAACUCAAUACUACGUUUCUACAUGUAGAAAUGAAAUGUAGAUGAAUUGUAUGGCCCAAGUGGGUGGGCUACUGAGCGUUUCAAAUUGGGGUUUGAAAAGAAUUUUGGAAAUAUAAUUAAUUAAUUUGACACAAUAUAAAUCUUCUUUUGAUACAAAUUCAGCACUGAGCGAUUUCA